AUGGGAGGCUGCGAGAAACUCAAAGUUCUUCUUAUUCUCUUCGAUGGCUUCAAUACUGUCGAUAUGAAUGGGCCAUACGAUAUUCUGACAAAAUCUGGGACGAGUGACCACUUUGUUAUAGAGGUUGCCGCAGAGAAGGAAAUCACGAAGUCAAUCGAAGGUGUCUUAGUCGAGCGCACGGUGGUUCUCGACGACAAGCUCAUAGACCUCGCUCAUACAAAAUAUGAUUUGCUCGUUGUGCCGGGGGGCGGGUCCAAGGCCGUGAAUGUGCAGGCUGCAAAAUUGGAUAGUGCCUUCAUGAGGCUCAUAGCCGCCUUCGCAAACACCGUCAGCAAGUCUGGGAACGACCGUCGAGUUCUCUUGUCCGUCUGCACCGGCGCUGCGUUCCCGGCCAACCUCGGUAUCUUCAACGACCGUUACUGCACUACACACUGGGCGUUUUACGGGCAAGUGACUAAGGACGUGCAGUGUGCUGCUGUUCGCACCAAGGGUAAGGCCGGCACGGUGAUCCCGGCCCGCUUCGUAGACUCCGGGCUCAAUGCGGCGGGCGUGCGAGUCAUCAGUAGUGGUGGAAUAACCUGCUCGUUGGACGCGAGCCUGCACGUCGUGAAGGUGAUGGUGUCGGAGGAGGAGUCCAUUGCUACGGCCACGCUACUAGAUUACUCGUGGAGGAAGACGGAGGGUGUUGUAUUUGGAGAAAAGUUCUGA